AUGGGGCGCAAGAAACUCGGCGUCGUGAGUUUGGCACUCAUCACAUACUUUAACGUAAGUGGUGGUCCGUGGGGGUCUGAGCCCAUUGUGGCGGCUUGCGGACCUUUUGUUGGUAUCGUAGCUACACUCGUAUUUCCCUUUGUUUGGUGUCUACCACUGGCUUUGUCAUUCGCCGAGUUAUUUUCCGCCUUCCCAACCGAUUCAAGCUUUUGCACAUGGGUAGGCAAGGCUUUUGGUCGUCGAAUGGGAUUUCAAGUAGGAUAUUGGAGUUGGAUGUCAGGCGUAAUCGAUAAUGCCAUCUAUCCGUGCCUCAUGGUGGAUUCUGUCUAUGCAGUACUCUCAGGACCUUAUGAAAUGCGCACUUUUCUAGUUCCAAGCUGGAUGUAUUUUGUUCGAGUAUCUGUGGCAACAGUGUUUAUGAUUCCGACCAUUUUUAGUAUCGAUGCUGUUGGUCGGUUUCUCUUAGUACUUGGUCUUGCAAUGGUCGCACCUUUUGUCGUACUGGUUAUCGUAAGCGUACCCCAAAUUGAUACCAAUAAUUGGUUUGUCAUCAGUGCAGCUCCUAGAUGGAGUCAACUUGUCAGUGUUUUGUACUGGAGCUAUAGUGGAUUUGAUGCGGCAGGUGCCUAUGCAAGCGAGAUCGAUUUACCACGACAAACGUAUCCAAAGGCCAUGAUGCUCACAGUAGCAUUGGUAGCCCUUACGUACUCGGUGCCAUUUCUUGCAGCUUCAGGUGUGAAUAGACCUUCUUACGAAUUAUGGCGAGACGGUUACUACCCGAUGAUCGCCGAGGCGAUUUCAGGUCCUAUGUUAAGAUCAUGGUUUCUUGGUUGUGCUUUGCUUGGGAAUCUUGGCGUCUAUAUCGCCAAGAUGACCAAGAAUGGAUUUCUACUUGCUGGAAUGGCUGAUCUUGGCCUCGCGCCGCACUAUUUUAUCAAACGUACAGUAUCAAACGGAGUUCCACGUCGUGCCAUCUUACUAUCAUACAGCAUCAUCAUUUUUAUGGCGCUGUUCGAUUUUAACGUCAUUUUGGGCGUCGAUAACUUUCUGUCGUCUUUGGCAUGUGUUACAGAACUUUGUGCCGUGGUAAAACUUCGAUAUACUAUGCCAACGCUAGUGCGACCGUACAAGGUCAACAUCUCGGAUCGAGGACUGCUUAUGAUAAUGAUCGUUCCCUUCUCAAUUGGUUCAUUCGUAUUGCUUAAUGAACUCACAAAGUCAACAUUGAGUCUUCUGCUCAAUUCAAUCGCACUUGGAAGUGGCAUCUUUUGUCAGCAAUUUCUACACAGACUACCAGCAUUCGUAUACACACCACUUACUGCCGGCAUUCAGCUUGAUUUAAAUGCUUGA